ACUUCGCUGACCGGGAUUUCGACAUUUUGCGCUACUGUUUGAGGCUUCCCCAUCUGUGGUAGCAAUGUCCUCUCUAAACUCAAAUACACUUCAAAUCAAGUAUAUACAUAAUUCUGUUGCAAUGGUGACGAGCUGUCCGUUGUCAGCUAAUCUGCAGGUCAUUGACCAACAAGUCCGAGAAUUGUGUAGUUUCACCAAAGAUCAACCAUUUACAAUAAAAUGGAUCGACGAAGAACACGACCCUAUCGUUAUUUCCUCGGAAAUUGAAUUAAAAGAGGCGUUCCGACUUCACGAAGUAAAUAAAGAAUGGCAACUAACGGUUCAUGUAUUUAAUGGGGUUCCAAGUGAACCGGGUAAACCCUGUCCUGGCGAAGAUAUUAAUAUGUACCGAAGAGGUGCUAAACGAUGGAAAAAGAAAUUUUAUUUAUUGCAUGGUCAUCAGUUUGCUGCCAGACGAUUCAAUCGGAAUGCUGUAUGUGCUUACUGUAAGGAACGUAUAUGGGGUUUGGGACAACAAGGGUUUAAAUGUAUUAAUUGUCGUCUUCUACUUCAUCGUCGUUGUCAAGGUGGAGUGCGCCAUAAAUGUGGUGAAGCAUUUAUCAGACCGUCCUAUCAAAAUAUGCGUUCAAUCUCUACAUUUUCCACCGGUUCCACUCCUACUGUGUGGGAUAAUAAUGGAAACAGACCUACAACCAUAGCAACAAAUCUAUCUUCUGAAACAAGUAAUACACUCCCACCUCAUCUUCCUGUUACUAUUCAAUCAUACAAAGAUGAACCAAGACCACCAAAGCAAGAGAAAAUCAUUGCUUUAAGUGAAAGAGAAUCAAAUCAAACAUCAGACAAACACAUUACGCCAACAUCCGAUAUAAAAAACAAUCUCAAACCAGGUUCAGACAAUUUAAUAAUUGAAAGAAGUGGUGUUCACCCUAGUAGUGUACCAGUCCCCGUUUCUAUCAUUGAUAAAGUUGAUGAUAAGUCCAUACCAAUCAUAGAACAGCGCAUUAUAGAUAUUCCUGAUAUUCCAAUCACUUCUGGACGGGUUGGUUUACAUGAUUUCAAUUUACUCAAAGUGAUUGGUCGUGGUAGUUAUGCUAAAGUAUUUCAAGUAGAGCAUAAACCAACUAACCGUAUAUAUGCAAUGAAAGUUAUUAAAAAAGAAACUAUUCUUGAUGAAGAGGAUAUUGAUUGGGUUCAAACAGAAAAACAUGUAUUUGAGUGCGCUACUAACCAUCCAUUCUUAGUUGGUUUACACUCGUGUUUCCAAACUAGAAGUCGAUUAUUCUUUGUCAUUGAAUUUGUCAAUGGUGGAGAUCUAAUGUUUUAUAUGCAACGUAAUCUUCGUUUAGCAGAAGAUUAUGCACGAUUCUAUGCAGCUGAGAUUUGUAUCGCAUUAAAUUUUCUCCAUGAACGUGGGAUCAUUUACCGAGAUCUCAAGUUAGACAAUGUUUUGAUGGACAGCGAAGGUCAUAUUAAACUAACUGAUUAUGGAAUGUGUAAAGAAGGAAUCAUCGGAGAUAUGACUACAACUACAUUUUGUGGUACACCGAAUUAUAUUGCUCCUGAAAUACUGAAAGGGGAAAGUUAUAGUUUCAGUGUUGACUGGUGGGCUUUAGGCGUACUUAUGUUUGAGAUGUUAGCUGGUCGAUCUCCUUGGGAAGGUGUUGGACAGUCAGCUAAUCCAGAUCAAAAUACUGAGGAUUAUUUAUUUCAAAUCAUUCUCAGUCGUCCAAUUCGUUUUCCACGUUCUAUUUCUGUUCGUGCAACUAGCAUACUCAAUGCAUUUCUCCAAAAGGUGCCAACUGAACGGCUUGGAUGUGCGCCAAAUUCAAGUUUUGGUGAUAUUAUGGAGCAUGGAUUUUUCAAACCAAUCGAUUGGGUAGCUUUAGAAAGGAAGGAAGUUCAUCCUCCUUAUCGUCCAACAUGUGGAGGCGAUAGAGAUCUGAUACAUUUCGAUCCUGCAUUCACCGAUGAACCUGUAGUGCUUACACCAGAUAACGAGGCAGUGAUGUCACGUAUGGAUCAAACAGAAUUCGAUGGUUUCGAAUAUGUGAAUCCUUUACUCAUGUCGUUAGACGAACAAGUUUAGUUGGGAUUUUCGUUCUCUCCUCAAUUCUCUUCCCCAAUAACUUGUGUUAAUCUACCUACGAUCUGUGUCUUCUUUUUUUAUCACUUCUAUUCAGUACUACCACCAUAUCUAUUGAAAACUUAAUAAGUAGUAUUUUAUAUUGAAUUUUUUUUAAUAAUUUACUGUAAACAUUCCAUAUGAUUCUACUAGCGAAAUUUAAAAAAAAAUUGUUUAAAUCAUUUACCAACAGUUCAAUGUUAAAUUAACUCAAAAGAAAAAACAUAUCAAAUAUUAAAAUAUUUUCACUUUUAUUGAUUUUAGGGUAUAAUUCUUGAAUUGUUUUUUUUUAUAAAAAAGAAUAUUGCUUACUUCGAAGUUUAUAUUAUUUUAAGCAUAUACAUAUAUAUGAAUAUUUUUUAGGAAAAUUUAUUUUGUUUGUUUAUUACCAAACCAGCUUACAUCAUGGUUCCGUGUUCCUCGUUUUUUUUUGAUGAACAAACUUGUUUGAUUUUUUUCUCUCUCAAGAAAUGCUGACUGUAUUUCUGUUUUUUCUUCUUUCUUGAGUUGUUUUUUUUUACCUUUAUUAUUGAUGUUUACUUAUUUUAUCUAAUGUUAUAAUGAUGGGAUGAGUUUAUUGUAGAUACUGAUAAAUAGUAUCAUUACAAUUUGGAUGAUAAAUUUGAAAUACUUUUAAAUCCAACAUUCAAUAAAAACAACUUUCUGAUCUCUUCUAAUUAUUUGCUGCUUUAAAAGUGUUUCGAGACAUAAAACUAGAUUGACCAGGUUUGUUAAGUAAGUAAUUAAUCAUCAUUUUACUAUGAAUUUCUCUAAACUAUGGUUAUUAUUUUUGAAAGAAUUUACUAUCUAUUUCAGUGUUCAGUUACAUAAUCCAAAAUUGACUUCUCAAAAUAUUGGUUCAUCGCUUUCAGCGUUAAAAACGAAAAUAUAUCAAUCAAAAUGACCAUUUUUUUCUUACAAGUUCCUGUAGACAAAUACACUGGACACAUUUUAGAGAUUAUUUUACAAAACCAGUUCAUAUCAAUGUUAGCUAUUCACACGGAACAAAAUACUUUGUUUGCCAAAUCUAAGAACCUUAAUACUGUGAAACGUUCACUCGUUCAUGGUAUAAAUACCUCUAGCUGGAAUAAUGAAAUCAUCCAGUUACAGCAUUAUAUUUUUCCCUUGGGUUGAGUGAUGGUGCCAAAAAUAUAACAAAUCAUUUUUCACUGAUCCACAGUAACUAUUCUGAAAAAAACCGUUUUGAAUCGAUAACCUUAAAUUAGUAAAUAAUCACUUUGAUUGGGAAUAGAUACAUGAAGAUAAAAGCCAACUGUUUAUUGGCUAAAUGGAUUACGUCAUGGAAGUUAUUUUAAAGUCUUCCCCGUUACUUUGACCUUAGAUAACGGUUUCAGUAAUUCUUUUCCUGAAGCAAGUUUUUUCCUCUCUUGAGUGUUGUUUGAAACCAUCAGUUCAUUAUCUUCCACUUCUGCAUAAAUACUCUCUGUAGGAUGUUUUUAUAACUCCUAUUGAAGCGUCAAAAUAAAGAAACUGAACAAGACUUCUCUUUCCAAAACAAACUGAUCUUAAUAUUGUGUUAAUAUAUACCCGUAAACUAUAAGUUACAACAAUUGACCGAUUCAGCGUACAUGUUCUAGUUUACCACUUCCUGGGCAGACAGAUAUUUAUGCUAUCUACGAAGGCCCAUCCUUUUUCGCCUUCGAAAUCUGGAGCCCAGUCUUAGCAAAAUACAACAAUCAAUAACACCUUGUCUUCCGGAAAGUGUAGUUUCGAGAUACUUAGUAUCUGAUGUUUUUUUUCUCAUUUAACCUACUAUAUACCACCAAAAAAUUCCUAAAAGCAUGCGUCUAAACAUUUCCAUACUGAAGCAUGGUUAUUUUCUUAGUUGUAUGUAGUUGCGCCUCGUCGGACUCCUUUACCUGUUGUUCUUAAUUUUAUCACACCGUACUUACGUAUAUUUUACACUAAUGUUUUCUUACUCGUUAUUUUGUAACUGUAUUUUGAUUUCCACACUUUAAUUUAUUGAUUACUAAUUAUACUAUUCAUCUUAACGUUUUGGAACUAUUGUACUCAUAGUUAAAAUGCUUAACCGAACAAUUUAGACAUUUCUCACCUUUUGUCACCUUAAUUUCUUACCUAAUGUUGUGGUCGGUAUUCUAUAUUAUCCUUAAACUUCGUAUAUUGUUCAUCCUGAUUACCGUUACUAGACAACGACCCCAAUAGUGCAUAAAUCGUAAGAUGAAUGCGAAGCAUCGAUUACGUUUACUAUUACACUACGCACGGGUCCGAAGCCGCAUGUACACGAAGGGAGAGUAAAAGGUUAGCGACGAAAAGCAGACGAGCGAGUGAGUAUGCGAGUAGAAUAAUUAGAGCUGAAAUGUACUUUAUAUACAUAGAGAAAUGAAUGAAUCAUCGAAUCAAUUAAGCGACUAACACUAAAGGUAGCAUGAUGAAUAUUUGCGUAGGCGGUAAACAAUGCUCAAGCGUAUAUAUUUAUACAGGCGUAACACUAGUAAAGACACAGUGGUAUAGAUAUGUUGUUACUGUACGAAUGACUGUCCGUUAAAUAAGUUAGUAAAAAGGAUUAACCAAAUUAAAUGUGGACAAACUCAAAUGUUCGUGAGCUGCUAUUUUAAAAAACUAAAUUAUUUUAUCGAUUUCUUAGUUGUCAUUCCCUAAGUUUGUAUCAUAACAUGCAUGUUGUUUGUAGCUUGAUAAUUCAAUGUCGAAAAAUCAGUCAAUAUUGGGCCUUAUGUUGAAAGGUAGUUCACAAAUAUCCUAUACAGUAAAGGUGUUAGUUUUUGAAGCACUCAGCUCUCAACCAAUAGAGGUCAGGUUUAUAUUCUGCUCCACCUACUUCGUUUUAGUAUGCCACGGUAGUAUUGAUGACCAUUAUGUGAAACGUGUGGCUCAAUUUGCACUUGGUUGUGGAUUAGUUCUCGUAUUCACAUAGGUUAUCUCUGUGACUAUCUUUUACUUUUUAUAAAAAUGUUCAGAUCGAAAAUCGUUUACUUAGUAUAUGGUCUGUCACACAAUUUUACAUCAUGAAUCAUUCCAUUUCCUUUGCAUCUUAGCUUUGUAAACCUACUAAUUAACCUCACUUUUUAUGUACAUAUAUUGGAUCAUAUAUGCAAAAUUUCGUCAUCAAACUGUUUUUUUAUUCAUUUUUCGCAAUCUACUUGCUUUAUAUGAGCAUGUGAAAUGAUUAGCCCAUUUCGAUCUAACAACUGUAAGAUUUAAUUUGCCUACAGAUGAAUUCCUUGAAUAAAUCCCUAUACUGUCACUGAGUCCUAACAUGGCUGCAGUCAAAACGAGUAACUAUGUAUGUAGGCAACAAUUUUAAUCUGCUUCUAAGACAAAAAUGCGAAAUAGCAAUUAAAUUAUAAUGAAAAACAAUAAGCACACUCCUAGCGAACAAUUGCUGGGACAUAACAAAAUGAAACAAUAAAAAGGGUCGGAGUAAUAACCAGCCUGGAAAUAAAUGAGUCUUAAUUGGUAGACGCUUAACUCAACUAUUAUUGUUUGAUUUACUCAUUCAUUGAGAAUAACAGCAACACUGAAAAAUUUGUCUACGUUCGGGCGUAUGCUGAAGCAAUGUAUAUGCGUUCAGCUCACAAAUCAGAUCGUAAAUGCGUAGGUCGUAGUCAUUAGGACUGUAUUAAAUGGUUUUAGUUCCUUAAGAAAGUUGCUUACAAAAUCUUAAUAUUUAUCAAUAAUUAAUAUAGCCUAACAUUUAACAAGUUAAAUUUCACUCAACAAACAUUUUUGUUUAAAAUAAGUUAUUUUAUAGAGAUUUCGUAUAAGUGAAAGGCAAAUUCCGUCUUACUGCAUGGCUUUCACACUUCCAUUGAAUCCACCGGAAAUCGAAGCAGUACACACAGAUCUUCCUGUGGAUACCAUCACCAAUGAUCGUAGAAAGCAGGAUGGCAAUCAGAAUGGAACUCGUCACUAUACAGCAACUUCAUUGGCUAUGAGAAAGCGUUGGACAGCAUAAAUAGAAAAACCUUCUUCGACACUAUGGUGUAUCUGAGAAAAUCGUCAACAUCAUCCAGAAUUCACACGACGUACUAAAGUGCAAAUUCAUGCAUGAAAGACAGCUGACAGACGCAUUCUAAGUGAGAACCGGAGUCAGACAAGGCUGUCUA